AUGAGCAGGGGAAGCAGAGUGGGGCGGGGGGAGGAGAAUGAGCAGGGGAAGCAGAGUGGGGCGGGGGAGGAAUCAGCAGGGCGAUGGGAGGGGGAAGAGAGGGGGAUGGGAGGGGGAAGCGAGGGGGAUGGGAGAGGGAAGCGAGGGCGACGGGAGGGGGAAGCGAACGCGAUGGGAGGGGGAAGCGAGGGAGAUGGGAGGGGGAAGCGACGGCGAUGGGAGGGGGAAGCCUUGGCGACGGGAGGGGGAAGCGAGGGCGACAGGAAGGGGAAGCGAGGGCGAUGGGAUGGGGACGGGAGGGGGACGGGAGGGGGAUGGGAGGGGGAUGGGAGGGGGAUGGGAGGGGGACGGGACGGGGAUGGGAGGGAGAUGGGAGGGGGAUGGGAGGGAGAUGGGAAGGGGAUGGGAGCGCAAGGGGAGGGAGAUAAGAGCGCGAUGGGAGGGAGGGGGAUCGGGGGGGAUGGGAGGGAGAUGGGAGCGCAAGGGGAGGGGGACGCGAGGGAGAUGGGAGGGGGACGGGACGGGGAUGGAAGGGCGACGGGGGGGAAAGCGAGGGCGACGGGAGGGGGAAGCGAGGGCGACGGGAGGGGGAAGCGAGGGCGACGGGAGUGGGAAACGAGGUCGACAACUCUCUACUUUCUCAUCCCGUGCCGCUCAUUAUCUCCGUGCUUCACACUCGCAUCGUUCGCGCCACAUUCCCUCCCUCGGUCCUCGGAUUCUUCACGAUUCUGGCGGCACCCCGUCGCUCUCCCUCCCAUUCCCGUAUCCUCUCCCUCACUUUCCGCCGUCACCUCUCCCUCCCACUCCGCCAUCGCCUCUCUCUCCCACCUCACAAUCACUCCGUUCCACCCCGCCAUCUCCUCUCCCUCCUCCCCGCCGUCGCCUCUCCCUCCUCCCCGCCGUCGCCUCUCCCUCCUCCCCGCCGUCGCCUCUCCCUCCUCCCCGCCGUCGCCUCUCCCUCCUCCCCGCCGUCGCCUCUCCCUCCUCCCCGCCGUCGCCUCUCCCUCCUCCCCGCCGUCGCCUCUCCCUCCUCCCCGCCGUCGCCUCUCCCUCCUCCCCGCCGUCGCCUCUCCUCCUCCCCGUCGUCGCUUUCCCUCCUCCCCGCCGUCGCCUCUCCCUCCUCCCCGCCGUCGCCUCUCCCUCCUCCCCGCCGUCGCCUCUCCCUCCUCCCUGUCGUCGCCUCUCCCUCCUCCCUUCCGUCGCCUCUGGCGACAGGUGCACGAGCGCAAGCGCGAGUUGGUGCGCGAGGGCGGGUCGAUGCGCGAGCUCGGAAGGGUGCGCGAGCGCUGUUUGGUGCGCGAGCGCGGGUUGGUGCGCCAGCGAGGGUUGUUUCUGAGGCAUUCUGAUUAUUAG